AUGUCUUGCGGGUUCACUCCGGACUUGGCCCGGAUGCUGGAGCAGAUGGCCGUGGAGAAGGAGCGUCACGCCGUCGAGGCCCAGCAGCGUUUAGUGGAGACGGAGCAAAAAAAUGGCUACAACUGGACUCGCACGUACGAGAAGUGGGAUGCGUGGGAGGACCCCGAGGAUCUCGCGAGACAAGAACAAGAGGCUCGAGAACGCAGUGAGCGCGCGGCAAAGGCGCAAAUGGGCUGCAACCACGACCACUCGGCCGAGCAAAAGCUAAUGGACAUGACAACCCAGGAAAAGACUACAGCUUGUGACGAGCUUAGAGUACUGGGCAACCUCUUCUUUAAGCAUGGCCAGUACCAGAGAGCAGCUUUCCACUACCACAAAGCACUCGUGUACUUCGAGUAUGUGUUCCCAGAUACCGACGAAGAGGAAGCACAAGCGGAUGCCUUGAAACUUAAACUGCUGCUUAACUUUGCUGCUUGUCGACUCAAGACAUUGCAUCUGGACGACGCAGUGCAUCACGCGAACCAAGCUCUCGAAAUUAACACAAACAAUGUUAAAGCGCUCUACCGUCGAGCUCAGGCCAACCGAUUAAAAGACGAAUUCCAUCUCGCCCAGAAAGAUAUCGAGCGUGCCAUUAAGCUUUCGAAUGCUACAGAAGAUACGCCGUCGAUAGAUUCACUUUUGCUACAAGAGAAGAAGUUGCUACAAGCUAAAAUGCUCGCGUAUAAACUGCGGACUAAGCAGGUGUCGGCCGCGAUGUUUGGCGAUAAAAUCAAGACACCAGAACGUCCCAAUGGUCGAUACGUCCCUGGCCUGCGUGCUCCAGACACAGGCGCUAUGACUAUUAACUUGUCGAAGAGUACCAGCUCAUCUAGCGAUGAAUUCCUGUCUUUAAACACCUGGCAGCCGUCAACUCGAGGACUUGAAGAACUACAGACACUACUAUCCGGUCUUGAGAGCCACUGA